UUUUUUUUAAACCUCCCACACUCAUUCUCCACUCUUCAACUUCUCCACUCUCCUUACCUUUUUUUUUUAAAAAAAAAAACUAUGGCUAGCAUCUUCAUUGUCGCUGCUAAGCGCACUCCCUUCGGUGCCUUUGGUGGAAAGCUCAAGGAUUAUACUGCUGCUGAGCUUGGUGCCUUUGCUUCCAAGGCCGCUCUUGCAGAUGUGGGCAAGGAAGUGCCGGUGGAUUCAGUGAUUUUCGGAAAUGUGUGUCAUUCGGAUGCAGCUGGCCCUUAUUUGGCUCGUCAUGUGGGUUUGCGUACAGGAUUGGAUAUCUCGAUCCCAGCCCUGACGGUGAACCGUCUUUGUGGAUCCGGUUUCCAAUCCAUCAUCAACGGAGCUCAUGAGAUCUUGGUCGGAGAUUCCAAGAUUGUCUUGACAGGAGGUUCUGAAUCCAUGUCCUUGGCCCCUUAUGCCCUUCGUAACAUCCGUUUCGGUGGUACUCGCUUUGGAGUCGACCUGAAGUUGGAGGAUACUUUGGCUGCUUCUCUGGUCGAUCGUUUCCCAAAGGAUUGUCCCAUGGGUAUCACUGCCGAAAACUUGGCCAAACAACACAACAUCUCUCGUCAGGACUGUGAUGAGUACGCUCUUUUGUCUCAGCAGCGUUGGGCCGCUGCCAACAAGGCCGGUCGCUUCAAUUCAGAGAUUGUCCCUGUGGAAUACAAGGUCAAGAAGGCGGUCGAAAGCUUGGGCCAUGAUGAACAUGCUCGUCCCACAACCACAAUCGAGACCUUGGCAAAGUUGCCCUCAGUAUUCUUGAAGGAGGGCACAGUCACUGCCGGUAAUGCUUCCGGUAUCAGCGAUGGUGCCGGUGCUGUUGUCGUGGCUUCGGAUCAGGCAGUCAAGGAGCAUGGAUUGAAGCCCUUGGCCAAGGUGGUGAGCUGGCACGUGACUGCGGUCGAGCCCUCCAUCAUGGGCAUUGGCCCUGUCUCUGCUAUUCAGGGCGCACUCAAGAAGGCUGGCUUGGGCUUGAAGGACAUGGAUCUGGUCGAGGUCAACGAGGCCUUUGCAGCUCAGUACUUGGCAGUGGAGAAGGUCUUGGGAUUGGACCGUAACAAGACCAACUUGAACGGAGGUGCCAUCGCUUUGGGUCACCCCCUUGGUGCUUCUGGUUCCAGAAUCAUUGCUCAUUUGACCCAUGAGUUGCAGCGCACUCAGGGCAAGUAUGCUAUUGGAUCUGCUUGUAUCGGUGGUGGUCAGGGUAUUGCCAUCGUUUUGGAGAGAUGUUAAGGAAAAAAAAGAAAAAGAAAAAGAAAAAAAAAGCAAAACAAACAAAAUAUUCAAAAAAUAGAUGAUCAAUUGUAGAUAGCCAUUUGCAC